CGCCUGGGCGUCCUCGAGUGCCAGUUCCAGUUCCGCAGCGAGCGCUGGAACUGCAGCCUGGAGGGACGGCCCAGCCUGCUCAAGAGAGGUUUUAAGGAGACAGCCUUCCUGUACGCCGUGUCCUCGGCGGCGCUGACGCACUCGCUGGCGCGGGCGUGCAGCGCGGGGCGCAUGGAGCGCUGCACCUGCGACGACUCCCCAGGCCUGGAGAACCGCAAGGCCUGGCAGUGGGGCGUCUGCGGGGACAACCUCAAGUACAGCACCAAGUUCCUCAAAAAGUUCCUGGGCCAGAAGAGGAUCGGCAAAGACCUGCGGGCCAAGGUGGACAUCCACAACACCAAUGUGGGCAUCAAGGCGGUGAAGAACGGCCUCAAAACCACCUGCAAGUGCCACGGCGUGUCGGGCUCGUGCGCGGUGCGGACGUGCUGGAAGCAGCUCUCCCCUUUCCACGAGAUCGGGCGGCUCCUGAAGCUGCGCUACGACGACGCCGUCAAGGUCUUCAGCACCACCAACGACGCCGUGGGGCACUCGGAGCUGGCAGGGCCACACAGACACGGCCACUCGGGCAAGCAGCCUGCCCUGCCUCGCCCCACCGACCUGGUGUACGUGGAGGACUCACCCAGCUUCUGCAGGCCCAGCAAAUACUCCCUGGGCACCGCGGGCAGGACCUGCUCCCGCGAGGGCAACUGCGACAGCAUGUGCUGCGGCCGGGGCUACAACACCCAGAGCCGCCUGGUCACCUUCUCGUGCCACUGCCAGGUGCAGUGGUGCUGCUACGUGGAGUGCCAGCAGUGCAUGCAGGAGGAGGUGGUCUACAGCUGCAAGCAGUAG